UCUCUCUCUCUCUCUCCAAAUCCGCAUCUCUACCAACUUCACGGGGCGAUUGCUCCCCGGCCGAUCUCGUCUCUAUCAGUUCUUCGAUCGCCGCCUCCCUACAGAUUGGGUGUAAUUCCGCCCUCUCCUCUGAUCGGCUCUCCCUCUCCGAUCUCUGCCCACUCCUCCCAUCGCACCUCCUCACUUGAUCUCUGCGCCACUGCCGUGGAUCUCCGCCAUUUCCGAGUUGCCUUCGCCGCCGCCACCGAUCUCCAGUGCUCCCUCGAGAUCCUUCCAAAUAUAGAUCCCCAAGGUAUGUAAUCAUUUAUGGUGAAGCUCCAAAUUGCUUCCUCAGAUUUUUCUGGUGGUGGUGACAAAACUGGAGCCAAAUAAUAUUUAACAGCACUGCAGUACUGCAUCCAUUGUCCUGCUAAAACAAGUCAUACUAUAUUGCUCGAUCUCUUGAAGGGGAAAACAUCAUGCGGCUUUCAUUGUCUCUCCAAGAUCUGAAAUCAUUCUCUAAACUGAAUUCAAGGGAGGCGGAUGACCUUGAAAAUUAUAGGAAUUAUGGACAUGCAGAGCCUCUUUGUGCUCUUCAAAAGGAACGUGUAGCAUCAAGCUUUUCAAAGGAGAAGUCCUCCCCAACAACUCCAACUAAACGGGAGGAAUGUGUUCGGGCAACUAUAGGUGUUAUUGCAUUGCUAUUUUUGUUCUUAUUGAUCUUGCUAUGUUCUGUAUACCUCCAUACAUUUUUGUCACGUGAAGCAUCUCAGUAUUACAUUAUACUUGAUAGUGGUAGUACUGGCACUCGGGUUUAUGUUUAUAAGUGGUCUAUUGACCAAAAUGAUGCCAUUCAAAAUUUUCCUAUUGCAUUAAAAUCUUUACCUGAAGGCCCUCAAAGGAAUCCUAGUGCACAGAGUGGCCGAGCUUAUCACCGUAUGGAAACAGAGCCUGGUUUUGAUAAGCUUGUUCAUAAUGAAUCUGGCUUAAGGGGUUCUUUGCAGCCACUGCUGCAGUGGGCUGAGAAACAAAUACCAAAACAUGCUCACAAAGGUACAUCUCUGUUUCUAUAUGCUACAGCUGGAGUUCGCAGGUUACCUAGUUCUGAUUCAGAGUGGCUUCUGGACAAGGCAUGGACCAUUUUGAAGAAUUCAUCAUUUUUAUGCAGGAGAGAUUGGGUCAAGAUUAUAUCAGGCAUGGAGGAAGCGUAUUAUGGGUGGAUAGCUCUUAACUACCAUAUGGGUUUAUUAGGUUCCUUGCCAGCUGGAAAAACAUAUGGUUCACUUGAUCUAGGUGGUUCAUCAUUGCAAGUUACUUUUGAGACAGAGACACCCAUACAUGAUGAUACAAGUAUAAAUUUGAGAAUUUCAUCUGCUAGUCACCAUCUUAGUGCUUAUUCUCUGUCAGGAUAUGGAUUAAAUGAUGCAUUUGACAAAUCUGUCGCCCAUCUCUUCAGAAAACUUGUGGGUACAUCAGCUGAUUUUAUUAACGAGAAGAAAUUGCAGCUUAAACAUCCUUGCUUAAAUACUGGCUAUAUGGAGGAAUAUGCCUGUUCUCGUUGCACUUCAGUUAACCUAGAAGGAAGCCCUUUGAUCGGAGGUAAAACCAUGAGCAAACGGCGGACUGGGACAAUUGUUGAACUACUUGGUGCUCCUCAAUGGGAGGAAUGUAGUGCACUUGCAAAAUUAACAGUUGAUCUGUCUGCAUGGUCUAACUUUAGUUCUGGAGUUGACUGUAAACAUAAACCUUGUGCUCUCAGUGAUGGUUUGCCUCAUCCACGUGGGAAAUUUUAUGCCAUGUCAGGUUUCUAUGUGGUUUUUCGAUUUUUUAACUUGUCUUCUGAGGCUUCUCUUAGAGAUGUACUAAAAAGGGGCCAGGAAUUUUGUGGUAAAACAUGGCAAGUUGCUAAGAAUAGUGUUGCACCACAACCUUUUAUUGAACAAUAUUGCUUUAGGGCUCCUUAUGUUGCAUCUCUUUUGAGAAAUGGGCUGCAAAUUAAAGAUAGUCAGGUGAUUGUUGGUUCUGGUAGUAUUACUUGGACACUGGGUGUAGCCAUAUUGGAGGCUGGACAAACAUUGUCCAGUAAGGUUGAACCACAAGCCUAUAAGAUAGUACAAACAGACAUUCAUCCAGCUAUUCUUCUAGCAGUACUUUUGAUCUCACUUAUUCUACUUUGUUGUGCACUAUCAUGUGUUAGCAAUUGGAUGCCAAGAUUUUCUCGAAGAUCAUUUCUCCCACUUUUCAGGCAUAACAGUGUGACAAACUCUGUUCUUAAUAUCCCUUCUCCUUUCAAGUUCCAGCGGUGGAGUCCUAUUGUCUCAGGUGAUGGAAGGAUAAAAACACCACUCAGUCCUACCAUUGGUGGUUCUGAGCAGCAGCCAUUUAGCAUGGGACAUGUCUUGGGAGGCAGCAGCAUACAGCUUGGUGAAUCUUCUGUGCAUCCCUUGGUUGCAUCUCAUAGUCAUUCAUCUGGUAUUGUAGGCCAAAUGCAGUUUGGCAAUGGAGCUGGAUCCUUCCGACCUCCUCACCGGGGCCAGGCAACACUUUCUAGCCGGAGAUCUCAGUCAAGAGAAGACCUUAGCUCUUCAUUGGCGGAAGCCCACAUGGUGAAGGUUUGACCUACAUGUUCAACUAUAGAUCUGGUACAAUCUUGUAUUUUUUUUCCUGUGCUACUUUUCUAUAGUACGUUGCCUUUCCCCAUAUGGAGCACCUUCAGUAAAAAAAUUCUGAUUAUCUCUAGGAUUUAACUAAUUUUCAAAAUGCUGGUACACUUUGCCUACUGAGUGCUGUACCUUUAAGUGUAUUGAGUGCUUCUUCUGAAGCAGGGAUUCAGAUGCAACAGAUCAAGAUCUCUAUAAUGAUUUAUCAACUUGCAACAUUCUUCAAUCCGCCUUUAGCCAGGUUCUUGGACCGCAAUCCCACUUUGUUUCUAGCUUGUUGGAGCUCCAAUUGGAUGGAUCCUCAUUCUUUUCAGGUUUUAUAUCACAGUGGAGUAGUAUUUUGCUCCUAUUAUAAUGUCUUUUAACAUGAAUUUAAUUGGUAUUUUUGAUUCAAUCUGAAAGUAUACUCGAUUUGUUCACCCGAAACAACAAGCAUGAGGUGGAGAUCAUGUUCCAUCAGUUGGGCUUUAUUCUUCAGCUUUUCUGAUACUUUGCAAUUGUAUUAUUUACUCUUUUUCUUUUUGUAGAAAAAAAUGUAAUACCAGUUAUAGCUGAGAAUAUUGUGCUUGCUGAUAUUGCAGCAAGAGUUUGUUA